AUGAUGGCGCCAGCCUCACGGGCACCGCUGGGCGUCGGGUCCGGUCGGGAUGACAUCGAAGUCACGUGGAACUACCUACAGAAUGGAAUCACCAGGAUCAUGAACAACUUACAAGAUGGCAUGACUAUGGAGACGUACAUGGGUAUCUAUACCUCCGUACACAAUUUCUGCACCUCACAGAAGGCUCUUGGCUUUUCAAAUUCGCCUGGCCCUCCAGCAGCUGCGCAUAGAGGAGCGCAUCUUCUUGGUGAGGAUCUCUACAAGAAGCUUAUGAAAUACCUAAGCGAUCAUCUCGAGGACCUGCUCGUCCAGUCCAAAGCCCACACCGGCGAGGCCCUGCUUAGCUUCUACAUAAGAGAAUGGGAUAGAUACACGACCGCAGCCAAGUACAUCCACCACCUCUUCCGAUACCUUAACCGCCACUGGGUAAAGCGCGAGAUCGACGAGGGAAAGAAGCACAUUUUUGAUGUUUACACACUGCAUCUGGUCCAGUGGAAGAAUGUCUUGUUCGAUAAGGUUCACGAGAAGGUAAUGGACGCCGUCCUUGCGUUGGUCGAGAGGCAACGGAACGGGGAGACCAUAGAGUAUGGUCAGAUCAAGCAGAUCUUAGACUCCAUGGUCUCGUUGGGCCUGGACGAGAACGACGCUUCCAAAACCACGCUCGACUGCUACCGUUUCCACUUCGAGAAGCCUUUUAUCGCCGCUACUGAAGCAUACUACCAAAAGGAGAGCCGCGCAUUCGUCGCGGAGAAUACUGUGGUUGAGUACAUGAAGAAGGCAGAGGCGCGUUUGGAAGAGGAGGAGGAGCGAGUGCGAAUGUACCUUCAUCCAGACAUUGCUGUGGCUCUCAAGCGGUGCUGUAAUACUGCCUUGAUUGCCGACCACUCAGCGAUUCUCAGGGACGAAUUCCAGGUACUGUUGGAUAACGACCGCGAGGAUGAUAUGGCGAGGAUGUACAACCUUUUAGCUCGAAUCAGUGACGGCCUCGAUCCACUGCGUCAGAAGUUCGAAGCCCAUGUGCGACAAGCUGGCCUUACUGCCGUGGCAAAGGUUGCAUCUGGUCAGGGCGAGAAGCUGGAGCCAAAAGUGUAUGUGGAUGCACUGCUCGAAGUCCACACCCAAUACCAGGGCCUGGUCAAGCGCGCAUUCAACGACGAGCCAGAAUUCACACGAUCCCUCGACAACGCCUGCCGAGAGUUUGUCAACCGGAACGACGUCUGCAAGUCCGGAUCCAACAAGUCCCCUGAGCUGCUUGCCAAGUACACGGAUGUUCUCCUUCGCAAGAGCGGCAGUGCCGUUGAGGAGGAGGAGCUGGAGAACACGUUGAGCCAGAUAAUGACUGUCUUCAAGUACAUCGAAGACAAGGACGUCUUCCAAAAGUUCUACUCUCGCAUGCUGGCCCGUCGUCUCGUGCAUACCAACUCAUCCUCGGAUGACGCAGAGACAAGCAUGAUUAGCAAACUGAAGGAGGCAUGCGGCUUCGAGUAUACCAACAAGCUGCAACGCAUGUUCCAGGACAUGCAGAUUUCGAAAGAUCUCAACACGGGUUUCCGUGAACAUGCCGAAAAGUCCGAGAUGAAGGUUUUGGACUCACAAUACGCUAUCCUCGGAACUGGCUUUUGGCCACUGCAAGUCCCUAAUACUGCCUUUAACCCGCCGGCGGCCAUUUUCGAGGACUGCGAACGGUUCACGCGUUUCUACAAGAACAAGCACGACGGCAGAAAGCUCACUUGGCUCUGGCAGCUAUGCAAAGGUGAGGUUCGAGCGACCUACUGCAAGCAGAGCAAGGCGCCGUAUACCUUCCAGGUGUCCAUGUACCAGAUGGCGAUCCUUUUGAUGUUCAACGACAGCGACCGUCAUACGCACGAGGACAUAGCAUCCACGACUUCUAUGAACAGCGAGACCUUGGACCCUGUACUAGGACUCCUGCUCAAAGCCAGGGUCCUUCUGGCCGACAGCGACAAGCCCGGCCCAGGAACGACAUACAGCCUGAAUUACGACUUCAAGAGCAAGAAAGUUCGUGUCAACCUCAACAUUGGAUUGAAGACAGAGCAGAAGCAGGAAGAGGUAGAGACAAACAAGACAAUUGAGGAAGACCGAAAGCUUCUUCUCCAGUCGGCCAUUGUGCGCAUUAUGAAGGCUCGUAAACGUAUGAAGCACAACCAGCUGGUUAGCGAGACCAUCGGUCAGAUCAAGGGGAGGUUUGUGCCCAAGAUUCCGGAUAUCAAGAAGUGUAUUGAGAUUCUUUUGGACAAAGAAUACCUGGAGCGUCUGGAGGAUGACGAGCUUGGCUACCUGGCCUGA